AUGAAAUUGAAGAAAUAAGAAAGAACUUCUAAAUUUUUAAGGGAAUUUUAUGAAAAAGAAUAUCAACUAUCUAAUUAUAAUAAAGAAUAAAAUUUGAUAAGCAUUGAAGAUCAAUAAAUAACUAAAAAAUAAAUAGAUGUAGAAAAAGAACAAACUUAAAUUGAGAGAGCAAAAUUAGAAGAAAUUAUAGAUAAAUUUGAUAAAGAAAAUUUUUUCCAAAAAUAUUCAAUUGUUAGUUCAUUAAGUAGAAAUGAUUAUUCUAUUGUUUUUGAUGGACAUUCAGUGAAAUUAAAUCCUGUGGAUAUUAAAUUAGUAAAUAAU